CUCCUAGCAGGUGGGGAGAGGAGAUUGUGUGGGACAAGCUGGUCCUGACAGAAGGUGCCAGGCUGGGGGUGGCAGGGCUGGAGGAUCUUGGCCUGGGAUGGGGAGAGGCACUGCCCAAGGCUGGGGUGGGUCCAGGCUACUGACCUGGGAAACGUGAUUUCCUGGUAACCGGACCCCUGGCAACCUCCCAGUGAUUCAGGCUGGGCCUUUCUGGAUUCUGAUCAGCCUCAAUCUCUCCCUUUCUGUGUAACUGGAGGCCACUUGGCUGCUGGUUUCCGUUGGGUGUUUCUGGACUUUAGAUCUCAACUCUCGUUUACCCGUCUCAGACCCUUCCCUGAUCUGCCUCUAGCACUGUCCUUCCUUGCCCCUCUCCACUGUCCCUGGAACUUCCUGGGCCCUUCCCUGGGCCUCAGUGUCUCACCCUCCAUCCCGUCUGCCCUUCAGGAUGUUGCAGUUGAGCCUGUCCUGGCUGGGCCUCGGGCCCGUGGCAGCAUCCCCGUGGCUGCUCCGGCUGCUGGCCGGGGGCUCCUGGAUCCUGGCCCGUGUCCUGGCCUGGACCUACACCUUCUAUGACAACUGCUGCCACCUCCAGUGUUUCCUGCGGUCCCCAAAAUGGAACUGGCUUUGGGGACACCAGGACCUGAUCACUCCCACGGAAGAGGGCAUGAAGAAGGUCACCCAGCUGGUGGCCACCUAUCCCCAGGGCUUUAAGUUUUGGAUGGGUCCUACCUUCCCCCUCCUCAUUUUAUGCCACCCUGACAUCAUCCGUUCUAUCACCAGUGUCUCAGCUGCUGUCGCACCCAACGAUAUGAUUUUCUAUGGCUUCAUGAAGACCUGGCUGAGGGAUGGGCUCCUGCUGAGUGGUGGUGACAAGUGGAGCCACCACCGUCGCAUGCUGACUCCUGCCUUCCAUUUCAACAUCCUGAAGCGUUAUAUGAAGAUUUUCAACAAGAGCGUGAACAUCAUGCAUGACAAGUGGCAGCGCCUGGCCUCAGAGAGCAGCGCCAGACUGGACAUAUUUGAGCACCUCAGCCUUACGACCUUGGACAGUCUGCAGAAAUGCGUCUUCAGCUUUGAAAGCAAUUGUCAGGAGAAACCCAGUGAAUACAUUGCCACCAUCUUGGAGCUCAGUGCAUUUGUAGAAAAAAGAAACCAGCAGAUUCUUUUGCACACGGACUUCCUGUAUCAUCUCACUCCUGAAGGGCAGCGCUUCCACAGGGCCUGCCGCCUACUGCACGACUUCACAGAUGCCGUCAUCCAGGAGCGGCGCCGAACCCUCCCCACUCAGGGUAUUGAUGAUUUCCUCAAGAACAAGGCAAAAUCCAAGACUUUGGACUUCAUUGAUGUGCUUCUGCUGAGCAAGGCCAUGACACCACAGCCAGUGGUCUCUCCUGGGUCCUAUACCACCUCGCACAGCACCCAGAAUACCAGGAACGCUGCCGGCAAGAAGCGCGAGAGCUUCUGA